AUGCAAAUGACGCCGCAGCCUCUUACUACCUGCGCUGCAUGUGGCAAUCCUGCAACAGAUAAAUGUAGUGGCUGCAGGUCUAUCAAUUACUGUGGAAAGUUCUGUCAAACUACGCAUUGGAAGUCGCACAAGCUUACUUGCGAGCAACGCCUACUCGAGAAGGCACUAUCGCGUGUUGCUAUCUUGGUCCAGAAAGCAUACUUCGAUUUCAGUGAACAGACCUUCGAUACACAAAUUAUCAAGGUGGAGGAGUGUGGUGAUCAAUGGCUCAUUCAAGAUGGGGAUCAGCAGCGCAAGAGAACCUAUUUCGUCAAGUUCCCUCAACAUCUUAUGAAGAAUGAACAAAUGAAGCAGGCGGUGUUAUGUGCUUGGAAAUGCAACGAGGCUCUAGGCUUCCUUCACCAGCUUCUGAGUGGACUUCUUGAUGGACUCAACGUGAAGAUUGAAGAGGUAUCGAUCACACUUGGAUCGGUUCCACGCACUAUCAAGAUCGUUAACUCUGACGGCUUCCGCCUCGAGAACUGGCCAACAUACAUGCACGAAGGCCUUCGAAUCACAUCCACGAAGACUGGAAAGCAGUAUCUAUUUGAUUUUUGCGGCUCUCAGUACGGGAUACAUCGAGCAUUAUGGAAGACGCCUGUCUACGAAGCGCAGUUCUCCGCAAAAAUAGGCAAAGCAUAUCCGUUUGGAACACACAAGCAUAUUUUCGGUAUUCUACGAAAUAUUAAAGGGAUUCCGAGGCUCACCUACGGCAUUGUCGGAGACGCAGCGGAGAGGCUAGAGAUGGCAAUCGUAGCCUGGGAGAAGAAGAAUCGCAUGCCCUUGUCGCGUAUCAGGUCCCAGAACGAUGUUGAUUUUGGAAAAUCUGAGAAAGAACUUAUCGAAACUUGCCGUGCAGCGACAAGUGCAUUCGUCGAACACAAUGAUUUCACUGCUAUAUUCCAAGAUUCGAUUGAGUAUGCCAGGACACAUCCAGGGGAGAGUGGGGAACUUAUCACGCGAACAUUCCUGUGUCAAGACCAAGAGGGUUUCAGCAUGGGCAUAGGAGUCCAGAUGCAGUCAUUGCAAGAUCGCGCACUACUGCAGUACAACAUGCCAAAAGACGUCUUGGAAAAAGCACAAGCACGAUUGCAAGAAAAUGGGACUUGA